AUGGGUUGGUUCAACAAGAUCUUCAAAGGCUCUAGGCUGCAGCACAAUCACAAUGGCUACUACCAGAAUUAUCCGAAUUCUUCACAUGAUGAGCCUAGUGCAGAUACAGAUGCUGAACCUGAUGAGCAUCAUACACAGGAAUCAUCUACCUCUGAGGAUACUACUUCGAAUGACCAGGACGAAGACAUAGACCGUGCAAUUGCAUUGUCUCUAUUAGAAGAGAGUCAAGGGCAGACAAAUAGAGGCGAAAAUAAAGAAAAAUACGCAAUGGUGGAUGAAGAUGAGCAACUUGCCAGAGCCAUACAAGAGAGUAUGCUAGUUGGGAACUCGCCGCGUCAGAAAAACGGAAGCACUUAUGAUCAUGGGAAUGCGUAUGGGAGUGGAGAUUUUGGGAAUGGACAUAUGCAUGGAGGAGGAGGGAAUGUAUAUGCAAAUGGAGAUAUUUAUUAUCCAAGACCUGUUGCUUUUUCAAUGGAUUUCAGGAUUUGUGCUGGCUGCAAUAUGGAGAUUGGCCAUGGAAGAUUUCUGAAUUGCCUUAACUCACUAUGGCAUCCACAAUGUUUUCGAUGUUAUGGCUGCAGUCUCCCGAUUUCUGAGUACGAGUUUUCAACAUCUGGAAACUACCCUUUUCACAAGGCUUGUUACAGGGAGAGAUAUCAUCCAAAAUGUGAUGUCUGCAGCUACUUUAUUCCAACAAAUCCUGCUGGUCUUAUUGAAUAUAGGGCACAUCCUUUUUGGGUACAGAAGUAUUGCCCUGCUCACGAACACGAUGCGACCCCAAGAUGUUGCAGUUGUGAAAGAAUGGAGCCACGGAGUACAACAUAUGUUGCGCUAAGCGAUGGACGUAAACUUUGCCUCGAGUGUUUGGACUCAGCUGUCAUGGACAAUAGUCAAUGCGAACCUCUGUACUUGCAGAUACAAGAGUUCUAUGAAGGGCUUAACAUGAAGGUAGAGCAGGAAGUUCCAUUGCUCUUGGUUGAGAGACAAGCACUUAAUGAAGCCAGAGAAGGUGAAAAGAAUGGUCACUACCAUAUGCCAGAGACGAGAGGACUCUGCCUUUCAGAAGAACAAACUGUUAGUACUGUAAGAAAGCGAUCAAAGGGAAACUGGGGUGGGAAUAUGGUUACAGAGCCUUACAAGUUGACACGCCAAUGCGAGGUUACUGCCAUUCUCAUUUUAUUUGGUCUCCCUAGGCUACUCACUGGUUCGAUUCUAGCUCACGAGAUGAUGCACGCGUGGAUGCGUCUGAAAGGAUUCCGGACACUUAGCCAAGACGUUGAAGAAGGGAUAUGUCAAGUGAUGGCUCAUAAGUGGUUAGAUGCCGAGUUAGCUGCUGGUUCAAGAAACAGCAAUGCUGCAUCUUCAUCAUCAUCUUCAUCUUCUUCUUCUAGAGGAUUGAAGAAAGGACCGAGAUCUCAGUACGAGAGGAAGCUUGGUGAGUUCUUCAAGCACCAGAUUGAGUCUGAUGCUUCUCCGGUCUAUGGAGACGGGUUCAGAGCCGGGAGGUUAGCUGUUCACAAGUACGGUUUGGGAAAAACACUUGAGCAUAUACAGAUGACCGGGACAUUCCCGGUUUAA